AUGACCCUAUUAGGGCUUGCAUACGUCUAUAGCAUUAUCGCACGCCGUAUUGAAGUGUUUGGAGUCGGCACUGUGCACACCAAUCUACACACGACCAAUUGCUACAGCUUUGGAAAAGACUUGCCUGCUGUCCAGGGCUGCGAGUCUAUUCAGAUCGAUUCGAGGACAGGACUGGCCUACAUGGCCUGCGGUAAUCGCGGCGCGCGAACCCGGUGGAUUCAUAUGGGCGAGGAAUACAACACCAUGUAUGAGCAAUUCAGCGACCAUGUCCUCGUCAUGGACGAAAAGAACAAUGUGCACAGCCUUGAUAUACUGGAUAGGAAUUCGAACACCCGCGAGUUAAUUCCAUUCACCCAAGAUUUCCGUAUCCACGGCUUCGACAUAUACCACGAUGAUCUCAACCCAACUGAGCUAACCUUCAUGUUUGUCAACCACCAGCGCUCCGGCAGCGGUAUCUCCAUCUUCAAGCAUCAACUAAACACAACCUUUAUAGAACACAUCAAAACCGUUAAAUCCCCCUUGCUCUACCACCCCAAUGACGUGGCAGCCACUUCCCGGAGCACCUUUUAUGCCACGAAUGACUUGAAGUAUGCGCCGGGCAUUAUGCGCAGAAUUGAGAUUUUGUUAGGUAUGCCUUGGAGUCAUGUGGUUUAUUACGGCCCCAGCGGUAUGUUUAGCAAGGCAAAAACAGGCUUGGCGUAUCCAAACGGAAUUGCGAGAAGCAGGGAUGGUCGUUUAAUUUACGUUGCUGCGUCGUCGGAGCCUAGUGUUAUGGCGUUUUUGGCCUCGGAUGAUGGCGAACUGGAACUCGUGGCUAAGAAGGUUUUUGAUGGGUUUGUGCCUGACAAUAUCUCGGUGGAUGCGCGUUCUGGUCACUUGUUGGUUGCAGGUUUCCUCAAUGUUUUUGAAAUGUUCAGGUACAACCGCGAGAGAAGAAUAUGCUCACUCAUGACGGACCUUGCUGCCAUCUACGACCAUGGCCGUUGUCCAGCGCCGAAAUAA